CACCAUGAAACCCCCGAUAGCCCGGCAGCACAGUCGUCGCCCUCGCGAUUGCCUACCUUCUCUCGAUCACGCCCCACGAGCGAACAUAACGGCUCCAUUCCCAGAAGAAAAAGCCUUUUGCCUCAAGCUGGAGCUCCCAGAGGGUUAGCGACGGCACAGCCCACGAAGAGCAAUGGACCUGCACCCCCGCCAGCGAAGGAGCCGGCGGUGCGCACCAGGGGAUACAGUCAAACGCAGGGUGUGGCAUCAAGGCUGCAGGCCGCGAAGAAGCCUGAGGAUAAUGCAAGGUCCAUGAUGCCUCCACCUCCUCCACCGUCUGGGGUGAGCCGCGCGCAGUCGUUGCGAAAGCCCGCGGCGACCACGACGGGUCAAUCGUCCAGGACAGCGAGCUUGCGAGCACCACUGAAGAACAGUGCCCCUUCGGCCAUUGCUAGGUCCGCUUCCACUGCACAGUCGGGUGCCGGUGCACUUAGUCGCACCAGCAGGCCCGGCUCAUCGUCUUCCAAUACAUCCUCCCAGACCGCCACUCCAAGGACAAUCCAGACAGAGCGGUCAAGAGCAGCGACAUUGACUUCAGCGCCUUCUUCGAGGAUGCCCGCACCUGCUUCUGACCUCAAGCGUGGAGGCAGCACCAUUAGCAGUCACUCUCGCUCAAGGUCAGAGCUCACGGCGCCACGCAACCCAGCAUCCACGACAAUCACUAGACGCGGUGCAGAGACUCAGGAGAAAGAGUCCAAGCUAACGGCACGGCCCGCUUUUUCGACGUUGCAGCAGCAUUAUUCGCCGAAGAAAACGCUCGAACCAAAGAAGUCUACAUCUGCGCUCUUGAACUCGGCGCCGACAAGCUCUGUUCCCACGGACCCAUUCUCCGCCGAGAUCAUGGCACUUCAGGCGGAGCUUCUCCAGCUGCAUCUGCUUUGCGAGAGCUCGUCGGAGACGCAGGCGAAGUGGGAGCGCAGCGCCGAGAAAGCCCUGCGCUUGCAAUUCUACGAAGUAGCCACGGCGCAUCACAACAUGUGCAAGAACGAAAGCGAGGUGCAAGAGCUGAUCAACCUGCACGCGCUCGAGGAGUGGAGCAGUGGGAACGCCGCGUUCGGACUUGCGGAGAAUAUCCAGGUGCUCGGGCCGCUGCUGAACGAACUACGGGCGCUGACCGACUCGGGCGGUCGGUAUACCCACGUGGUCCAAGGGUUCGAGAAAUGGAUUGAUUGGGUCGAGGAGAUCUGGCGCACCAGGGGUGCUAGUCAGAGUCUCGAUGUGGCCGAGGGUCUGGGAGAGGCGUGGAAAGGCGAGGUUGCGGCGCUGCAGCGCAAAGUGACGCUGCUGGACCGGGAUGUGGACCGGCUGCUCGAGCCGGCGGAGGGAUCGACAAUCCGGGUGGUGGUCAACGGAUGCAGGUCCUUGGUGAAGGGGAUGGCUCACGAGCUGCAGCUGAUGCGGCGCAUCGAGGUCGAGGUCGGUGAAGGAGAGGCGCAGUGGGUGGAGCGAGGGCUGGAAGGGAUUGCGCAGAAGAUCGAUACUGGGCUGCAGGAGCCUCAUGGGGUUGAGGCGUCGUGGCGCGCUGUGUAAGCAAUGUCAUGGCAGCGAAUGCAUGGGUGGCUUGUGACCUGGCACACGGUACCCGGGCGAGGGCCGCGAUCUUUACUGCAUUCCCUAGACACUGCAUAAUGUCCCCUCCCUCUUGAACAUACUACCGUCUGACCCCAGAU